AUAAAAGAAUACGACUUAAGAAAUGAAAGAAAGAAAAUGAGACAUUGUUAUUUGUUGCAUACUUCAUUUGAUUUGAGUGCUUGGUUUUCUAUACUUUGUCUUCCGCUUUUCAAAAAGGGAAAACAAAGAUAGAUGCAUACUCGCUUACAUCUCUCCCACCGAAGCGAAAGUGGAAGAAUUUAGGGAGAGAAAUCAAGAUUUUUGGUCAUCAUCAUCACGUUUGCAUUAGCAUCCAUAGGCUACAGAUCUCAAAUUCCUCUUCAGAUCCUCGUAAUUGACCUUUCCCCAGAUCUCGAUUCGAUCAAACAUACAUAUAAUUGCAGACACCGGUCUACGACCCGGUUAUAUAGUUCGUUUUUGCAUUAAACAUCUCUGGAUCUGAUCGAGCUCUCUCGCGGUUUCAAAACCGACCCAAUCAUGAAUCCCUUUUCGUCUGGGACUCGUCUAAGGGACAUGAUUAGGGCAAUACGAGCCUGCAAAACUGCUGCAGAAGAGCGUGCUGUUGUUAGAAAAGAAUGUGCUUCUAUUCGUGCAUCAGUUAGUGAUAAUGAUAAUGAUUACAGACACCGUAACUUGGCAAAGCUCAUGUUCAUUCACAUGUUAGGAUACCCCACACAUUUUGGGCAAAUGGAAUGCUUGAAACUUAUAGCAGCUCCUGGAUUCCCUGAAAAGAGAAUAGGAUAUCUGGGACUUAUGUUGCUUCUUGAUGAAAGACAAGAAGUUUUGAUGCUUGUCACCAAUUCACUAAAGCAAGAUCUUAACCACACCAAUCAGUACAUUGUGGGACUAGCUCUUUGUGCUUUGGGUAAUAUAUGUUCUGCAGAAAUGGCUCGUGAUCUUGCACCUGAAGUUGAAAGAUUGCUGCAAUUUCGAGAUCCAAAUAUUCGUAAGAAAGCAGCAUUGUGCUCGAUAAGGAUUGUAAAGAAGGUCCCCGACCUUGCAGAAAAUUUUGUCAACCCUGUUGUUUCCUUACUUAAAGAAAAGCAUCAUGGGGUUCUUUUAACAGCAAUCCAGCUCUGUACAGAUCUCUGUAACCUUAAUGAAGAGGCUCUUGAAUUUUUCAGGAAGAAAUGCACAGAGGUGUUGGUGAAAGUUUUGAAGGAUGUUGUGAACAGCCCAUAUGCUCCUGAAUAUGACGUUUCAGGUAUUGCAGACCCUUUUCUUCAUAUAAGACUGCUUCGCCUUUUGCGUGUUUUGGGCCAUGGAGAUGCUGAUGCUAGUGAUUCCAUGAAUGACAUUCUUGCCCAGGUGGCAACAAAAACUGAGUCAAACAAGAAUGCAGGGAAUGCAAUACUUUAUGAAUGUGUAGAAACCAUUAUGAGCAUUGAAGAUAGUAGUGGUUUACGUGUUCUUGCAAUCAAUAUAUUGGGAAGAUUCUUGUCUAAUCGUGACAACAACAUCAGAUAUGUUGCAUUGAACAUGCUGAUGAAAGCAAUUUCAGUAGAUGAUCAAGCAGUUCAGAGACAUCGUGCAACAAUCUUGGAAUGUGUAAAGGAUUCAGAUGCUUCAAUUCGUAAAAGAGCUCUUGAACUUGUAUACCUUCUAGUGAAUGAAACGAAUGUAAAGCCUUUGACCAAGGAGUUAAUUGAUUAUCUACAUGUAAGUGACCAGGACUUCAAGGGAGAUCUUACUGAAAAAAUUUGCUCCAUUGUAGAAAAGCUUUCCCCUGACAAGAUUUGGUACAUUGAUCAGAUGCUCAUGGUUCUUUCUGAGGCUGGAAACCAUGUAAAAGAUGAAGUAUGGCAUGCUCUUAUUGUUGUAAUAACCAAUGCUUCUAAUCUCCAUGGAUAUACAGUACGCUCUCUCUACAAGGCAGUCCAAACAUCACUUGACCAGGAAACACUUGUUCGGGUGGCUGUAUGGUGCAUAGGGGAAUAUGGUGACAUGCUGGUAAACGGUAUUGGAAUGCUUGACCUUGAGGAACCUAUAACUAUAACUGAAAAUGAUGCUGUUGAUGUUGUUGAACUUGCAAUCAAACACCAUGCAUCGGAUCUUACUACCAGAGCUAUGUGUUUGAUUGCUUUGUUGAAACUGUCAUCCCGUUUCCGUGUUUGCUCACAGAGAAUAAAGGAUAUGGUUGUUCAAUCUAAAGGAAGCCUUCUGCUUGAACUGCAACAAAGAUCCACAGAAUUUGAUUCUAUAAUUGAAAAGCAUCAGAAUAUAAGGUCUGCACUGGUUGAAAGGAUGCCAGUUCUUGAUGAAGCAAGUUUUAGUGGAAGGAGAAAUGGUUCUACUUCUAUUCCUUCAACUUCAAUGGGAAGUAGUGUUCCUAAUGGAGUUAUUAAAACAACUGCUGCUCCUUUAGUAGACCUGCUUGAUUUAGGAGGAGGAGAAGAACCUCUUCCACCAAAUACAAAUAGCAUGAUGACAGGUGGCAACUUUCUUCAAGAUCUUCUGGAUGUUGGCAAUGGCAUGUCCCCUUCUUCAUCACAACCAGUUACAAAUGCAAACCAGGCUCAAAAAAGUGGCACAGAUGUUCUGCUGGAUCUACUGUCAAUCGGAUCACCUCCUCAUCAAAAUGGUUCAUCUACACCACAUGAUGAUAUAUUAUCGAUAAAUCAAGAUAACAAUAAUAAAACUUCAGUUACUCCAUUAGGCAGCCUUUCAUCACCUUCACCUAUGAUGGAUUUAUUAGACGGAUUUGGUCCUACCCCUCCACCACCUAAAAACGAUGCUCCUGCUUAUCCAACAUUAGUUGCUUUUGAGAGCAGCUCUUUAAGGUUAAUGUUCAACUUUACUAAACAACCUGGGAAUCCACAAACAACCGAGAUUGAAGCAAACUUCACAAACAAGUCUUCCAAUGUCUAUUCAGACUUUGUUUUCCAAGCAGCAGUACCAAAGUUUCUUCAGUUGCAUUUGGAACCUGCUAGCAGUAACUCUCUUCCUGGAAGUGGUAAUGGCUCAAUAACACAAAAGUUACGAGUUACCAACACUCAACAUGGCAAGAAAGCAAUCAUUAUGCGCAUAAGAAUAAGUUACAAGUUGAACAACAAAGACAUGUUGGAAGAAGGACAAAUCAGCAACAUCCCUCGUGAGAUAUGAUAACAUUUUUCACUCUCUUCUAUCACCAUCUCUAGUGUUUAUCACAAGUUUUGGUUUGAUGAUAAUAUAUAUAUCAUAUUUUUUGCAAACGGGAUUCUUACUUAAGGAUUCAGAGCUUGUUGGAUUUGUACAUUAAGAAGGGAAUUGUGGGUAAUGAAUUUUUCAGUUUUGUCAUGAUAGGAGGAGCUCUGAGGUUUCACAUGUUUUUUUUGAAUUGUUAUUUGUUGAAAAAAAAAAAAAAUUCUAGUUGUGUAAAAUAGAUGGUAUUGUUUUUUUUUUUUUAGCCAUGGGAGUUUUGAAGUAUUUGUGGAAUUGGAUAAUGGAAUUGAAAUUAUCCGGGAUGCAGUGUGUAUGUAAUGUUUGUUUUGAGCAUGAAUGUAAAAGGGUCUGGUAAUUUUAUGUUUAGCAGUAUGUAAUUUGAAACUUGUAAAAUGCAAAAUACUUCUAC